AUGGCUGAACAAACAGAUAGCGAACCAAUUGGUGAACAACAGGGUUGUAUUGAACUUAUUCGAUGUGUUGCAGCAACCAACGAAAAACAGAAAGAUCCUACAUAUAUACCGAAACUAGAGAUAAAUUCAAAAGCAUUGGAAAUAAUAUCGGAAAGAUUUGAAUCGCCGAUCUCCAUUAUUGCGUAUGUUGGAGCACUAGGGGUCGGUAAAAGUAAACUAGCAAGUUUAACGGUGGAAACAUUACAUAUAACAUCAUUUGAUCCACCAUUACGACUGUUUCGCAGUGGUGCUGGUAGCACCGGUGUCACUCAUGGUGUUUGGAUGUGGAGUGAGCCUUUACAGCAUCCAGAAGAAAAUCAAACAGGUUCAAUAUUAGUGUUAGAUUGCGAAGGAAUGGGAGAUUUAGAUCAAAAUACAGGUACUAAUUUAUAUGUAUUUUGUAUGAUUAUGAGUACAGUAUUUGCUGUUGUUCUCCGUCCAUCUCGCGUCGAUAGUUCCCUAUGUGAACGACUGUACAAUGCUUUACAUCGUUUCAGAGAUAUGCACGCACCAUACGUGUUACCUAGUCUAUGUUUAGUAGCGAUGGAUAUGCCAUCAUUCAUUCGUAAUGAUCCAACAAUAGGUGAUGUGAUAAUUUCAAAAAAUGACUGGUUAGAAGACAUAUUUACAAACACUUCAAGUACUUUGUCAGAACAAGAAAAUAACAUUAUUCGAGCCCGAUAUGAUUAUAUUAGAGGUUUAUUACCUGAUAUUGAUGCUGUAAAUAUCGAUUAUUUGCCACGACCACUGAUGAACAACAAUGACAAAUUAGACAUACAUACAGAGUUAAGAAAAGACGCACAUCAAGAGUUUUAUGCAUCAUUGAAAACAGCUGUUAAGAGAAUGUUAUCGAAUGGUGGUAAACGAUUACCAGGAUCUCGACACUCUUCUCUGUUUAUCCGUCCAGCGGAAUUAGCAGCUUUAAUGAGUGAUUUAAUCGACGUUCUCAAUGAAAAUAAAAUGCCAAAUGCCGAUGCAUUGAUUACUCGAUAUUUAUUAACACGUUUCGACAAAGAAAUUGUGGAACAACACGUAGCCGAAUUCGAACUAAAUUUACUAGUCUAUGCUCGAGAUACUCUUGGUGAUACUAUGAGAAAACGAAAUAAACCAGAAACGCCUGACCAAAUUAAAGCAACAAAUAAUCAAAUGAAAGAUAAACGUGACAGUUUGACAACAGAAUAUCUCGGUAUGAUGAUAGGCUUAGCUCGUUAUCAAAUUUAUGGCUUUGAUGAAAAAUUAUCAAAUAGUUACGCUAAUGUCAUUGACCAAGAAAAGGCUUUACAAGAAUUACCAAGAGCAAUUCAAUUAAAAAUCGAAGACAUAGAAAAGCAGAUGAAUGGCUAUCAAAAUCCAGAGUUAUGCAUCAGAACGAUACGUGCAAAUUUAAGUAUUGAAGAUUUACAUCGUCAACAAGCAGAACAACAAAAACUGCUGGAAGAAACGAAGAAAAAAAUAGAAAGUAAACGAGAUCUUAUUAAACGCGAACAACGCAUCAAUUGUUCUUUAGCAUUGGCAAAACCGGUAAGAAUCGGUCUCGCACCAUGUGCAUAUUGUGGACGUUCAGGUGGUGCUAUCUAUUAUACUCAUUGGAAAAGAUACUGUUCUUCCGGACGAACUGGUAAUUAUUAUCAUUACAAUCGUGAAGAUGGACGAAUGGUUUGCGACGCAUGUAGAGCUGUAGUCAAAAUAGAGGAUCAGCGUGUAGAAUGUGCUCGAUGUGGAGAACCACGAAAAGUGACGCGCCUCUACACAUUUAAUGAAUAGUCCUAGAAGAAUUGUGGUAUGGGAGGUAUCGAAGUAAUUUUGUAAGACAAAUUCUAAACGUCCUAUCCUUAUAUGUUCUCUCUUAUUGCCAAGUCAUUUUCGAUAUCACUUUCCUUUGGUUCCUUCCUUUACUGAUUUCUACACUGUAAUGUAGUCUUCGUUCAACAUUCUCAAACCGUAACAUGUCGUCCCUUGGUAUACUCUAUGAUUAUCUACACUUUUGAUAUUAAUAUUUACUGUUUUCGUGUGUAGGGUGAUAAUCUUCUGUUCAUCAUCUACACUCAUUCUGUAAAAGAAAUGUGUCAUGCUGAACCUUUUAGAGUUCUAAAUUUGGGUACCAUUUUCAGAACCUUUUGAGGUUCAAGGAAAAUAUGGUUCUAUCUCGCACUUUUUUCUUCCUCUUCCAAAAAUGCUUCUACUCUAUUAAAACGUAGUCCACUCAAUCCACGUAGUCUAAUACUGACGAUUAAUUCUAUGCCUAACACCUCAUUUCAAUGCUUAAAUCGUUACUUCUAACCUCAACUCCUUAAUUCUACAUGUAAUUCUUACUGCUAUACCUCAUCUCUUAUCUCUAUCCUUAACCUCUUAGGGUGUGGGUGGGUGUAGGUGAGUGUGAAUGAGUGUGUGUGUGGGCAUGGAUGCGGGUGUGGGUGCGUGUGCGGGUUUAGACAACAUUCACACCCCCACCCCCACCUACACUCACAGCUCACUCUGUAAGUUUUGUAUUUUGUUGAACGUGAGUGCGACUUUUAUUUCAAUAAUGAAGAACGAAAGAAAGAAAUAAUAGAGAAAAAGAGAAUACCAACGAUAACCAUCGUUUUCGAAUAGAAGAAGGAUGUGUGUGGGUGUGGGUGCUUGGGUGUGAGUGUGUGGGUGUGGGUGGGUGUGGAUGUGGGUGUGUGGAUGUGGGGUGUGCGUAUGCAUGUGGGUGUGAGUGUUGUUGUAUGGAUGUGGGUGUUAAUCUCCCCUUCAUUCAUACCCGCACCCACCCACAGCCAGUCACCCAUACCCAUCUACAGUCACACCCACAUACAGCCGUAGUCACAUCCCAGCCACAGUCACCGUCACCCACACGCCCACACCAGAGAUGGAACCGGUACCGGUCUGGGUUUUGGAUCGACCGGUCUACCGGUCUACCGGUCCAUACCGGUC